AUGUCUAGAUGUAAUAGUAAAGUGACUCUCGCCAGAUGUCAGAAGUUCUUCAGCUGGUUCCCGGUUGUCUUUAUUUUCCUGAUAGUUGGAUGGUCUUAUUAUGCGUAUGUAUAUUCAUUAUGCAUAGUCCAAGUCACCCCUGUAUCAGCGAAAGUAUGUUAUCUCGUAUUCUUUCAUCUGUUGCUCUUGAUGUUUUGUUGGUCCUAUGUGAAAGCUAUCGUGACCCCGCCCAUAAGACCCCCUAAACAAUUUCAUUUAACCAGUAGUGAAUGGGAGACAUUGAAUAACACAGCGGGAACAGGUGCUGAUGCCAAUGUAAUGCUAGAGACAAUAGUAUCAGAACGUAAUCUUCCAGUUUAUCUUGCUGGCCCAGACGGAAGAAUUCGUAUAUGCAAUAUAUGUGCAUUGAUCAAACCUGAUCGAGCCCAUCACUGUUCUGCUUGUGGAUUGUGUCUGUUAAAAAUGGAUCACCACUGUCCUUGGACGAAUAAUUGUGUUGGAUUUCAUAAUCAUAAGUACUUUAUUGUCUUUUUAUCAUGGGGUGUGAUAUACUGCUUUUAUAUCGUUUGCACGUCAGCAUCAUAUUUUGCAGAAUUUUGGACAUCUGCAAACAAUUUCUCGGUUGACCGAUUUCAAGUUCUGUUCGUUUUUAUUGUGGCUGUUAUGUUUGGUCUUUGUCAGCUUGGCUUAUGCGCAUAUCAUUUGUAUCUAGUUGGAGUUAACCAAUCCACAUUAGAAACUUUCCAUCCUCCAAGACUACGUGGUGGACAACCAGAUAAGUAUUUGUUUAAUUUGGGAAUGAAACAAAAUUUUCAAGAAACAUUUGGAUCACGUUUUAUAUUAGCUAUGCUGCCUGUAUUCACCACUUGUGGAGAUGGUGUUAACUGGCGUUGGCGUUUGAACCAUUCUGUUCAAAAUAAUAACUUAGAAGCUGGUAAUGCGAAUUCACCUACGCCUUCAAUGACAAAAUUGCGCUGAUACUGAUUGAAAGAAGUGAAAAUAUAAGGAGAAGUCAAAAUUCGGAUUAUACUGCUGUACCACACUCUCUAAUGAAUGUAUUUUCCUUCUGUCUACUUCAUUUUCUGAAAUACACUAUAUAUUGAUUUCAACAUACUUGAUACCUGUAUUUAUGCGUGUAUGCGUACUUCUGGUUUACCAUGUCAAAGGAGCCUCACGUUGUUAAAAGAAAGUACCUAUCAG